CUUUGAAUUUCUUUUAGCGAUCUGUCAAACAUUUGUCUUUCAAAGGUCCCUCAGCUGUUGCAGAAUGUUACUGAGUGUCUCAGUGUCUUACCAACCUGAUGAAACUGUUCACGGCCCUUGUUGUUUCUGCUAUGUUCCCCAGGCGUUUAUCCACGUGUCCACUGCCUAUGCCUACUGUAACAGGCAGUUUAUAGAGGAGAUCGUCUACCCUCCACGCGUACAUCCUCAGAAGCUGCUUGACUGUAUAGAAUGGAUGGAUGAUGACAUGGUGUCGACGAUCACCCCUGACCUUGUGCGUGACCACCCCAACACGUACACCUUCUCCAAGGGCAUCGCUGAGAACCUGCUGAUCGAGCAGCGAGGUCACGUGCCGCUCGCCAUCAUACGACCCUCAAUAGUCACCGCUACAUGGAGGGAACCUCUGCCUGGUUGGGUGGACAACUUCAACGGACCAACAGGAAUCUUCAUCGCUAUUGGAAAGGGAAUAUUGCGGACCAUGCAUGGAGAUCCUGAGGCGAAAGCCGACGUUGUUCCUGUGGAUGUUCCCAUUAAUCUCAUGAUCGCUGCUGCCUGGUACAUCGCUGUCAAGGGGUCAGGAGAAACUCAAAUCUACAACUGCACCACAGGGAACAUCAACCCCUACUGCUGGGGACAGAUAGCAACAAAAACCAUAGACUUUUACCUGGAGAGGCCCUUAGAACAACCCUUCAGAAUCCCCCCAAGAGGAGCUCAAUUCACCACGCACAGAUGGUGGCAUGAACUGUGGGUCCCGAUUACCCACCUCAUCCCAGCGUAUAUCAGUGACGUACUGUUCAGGGCAAUGGGCAAGAAACCCAG